UCCAAUAGUUAAAACUUCAGAUUUUAUUUAUGGACUAAAAAAGCAACAAAAAUGGAAUAUUUUUGAGAAACACUUCGUUGGUAUCUUCGAGUCAUCUCAUUUUCAAUGAACAGAGAGGAGAAUUGAGUUGAAUUCAAAUUUGUUUGGUUAUGCAAUUUUAUAUUGAUCAAACCGUUCGUCCAGCAUGGAGGAAGUGAACACUCGUUCGAUUUUCGGCCACGUUUCUUUGGAAAAUAAAUCAGAAUUGUGUCGAUUAUUAUUUUUCGGUGAAAUCGAACUUUCAAACGACGAUGUUUUAAAAAUUUACUGCGAAUAUGCAAGGGAACAUUUUUCUGAUCGAGUUACUGGAUUAAUGCUUGUUUACCCGAAUUAUAUGAUCCAUCUUAUGGAAUCUACCGAGGAAGAAAUAUUCCAAGCUUGUUUGUGUUUGACGAAUUUCAAGCCGAAACUUUUGGGAAUUUCUAAAUAUUUUCCAAUGGAAAUAAGCGUCGGUGAGAGAUUUUUUAAAAAAUGGUACGGUAGAAAAGUAGUCGACUCAUUGGGAUCCGAAAACCCUUGUAAAGAAAUCGACCGUGAGAAUUUCGAAGAAGUUACAAAUGCGUAUCGAAAUUUAAUGAAAAAUUUGUACACUUUCUAUAACGAAUUGCGAGACGUUAAAACGAAAAGUCACGCAUGUCUCAUGAAACGACUAGAGGAUCUCGCAAGUGUAGGAGAUACUACUCAUCUUCCUGAAGAGAAAACUAUAAAAGUUCUCGUGGAAAGUUCGUGGGGCGAAAGUUUAGAACAAAUCGUUGAUGACUAUUGGACCGGAAUAUCGUCCGAAGAAAAAGAUGAUAAUAUAUGGCCGUUUCCAGAGAAUCAGUGUCCUCCAAUCGAAACAAUAAUUAAAAAUAUUUGAAAAUCGCCA